GCGCGACCUGUUAGUCGAUUCCGCUCCGGAGCGGUCAGCACCGGUCAUAGCUCUUCAAUAUUUAUUAGUGUCAAGUGCUCGCAGUUCAUUAGAGAGUCAGUUGCCGCUUGAUUGAGAAUAUAAUCGAACAGAGUGCCGAUUUUUCCGACUUUUAACCAGCGCCGCCCUCGCCGUGCUAGGAAUUUUCACUAACUCUAGGAAAAUUAAAAUUCAAAUUCAAUCAAAAUGAGAAUAUUGUUAUUGGCGGCACUUGUUUGCCUGAGUGUAAUUUACGUAAAUGCCGGCCCGAUUCAAAAGGAUGAGCAGAAAGUUAUCGAAGAAGGCAAGAAGCAAGAAGACACCCAGGGAGUGUUCGUGACUCCGGUCGCGGAGGCGCAUGUCGCCGCGGAAGCCGCCGCCACCGUCCCCGCUGCGACGGAAGUGAAAGAGGAAGUGCCAAAGCCCAAAGAAACCGGAAGACAGAGCUCCUCGUCGGAUGACGACGAUGAUGACGAUGACGACGACGAUCUGGACCUAGGCGUCGAUGAUGACGACGAUGACGAUGAUGAGGAUGAGUCGCCAGCCGCCGCCGGUGAUGAGGGAGACGACGAUGACGACGAGGACUACUUCGAAAGUUUCUUCGACGACAUCUUAGGAGACGACGAUGACGACGACGACGAGGAGGACGACGACGAUGUCGCGCCCAGCAGCGGCCUCGCGCAGCCCGCCGACGCCGUGCCGGAGAACGCGCAGGAAGGCGCCGACCUGGAGCAGCCCGCCGAUGAGCUCGCCGGUGAGACCGACAAUCCUCUCGCCGCCGAGCACGCCGAGCCGCUCGGCGAGUCCAGCCCCGCCGACCCCGCCGUCGCGGCCUCGAACGCCGUCCAGCAGCAGGUCGUCGUGCAGCCGGUGCCCGCCGACGACGAGGCCGACGAUGACGAUGACGACGACGAUGAUGACGAUGACGAUGUCGAGGGCGAACUCGACGAGCUAGCCGGCGACGACGACGACGACGAUGACGACGACGACGAGACGACCGCCGACGAUGACGACGAUGACGACGACGACGACGAUGACGAUACCGAUCUCGAAGACGUCAUCGAGGCAAAGAGAUCACGUGCCAUCCAGGGGCAGGCCUCCUCGACCCAAACGCGUAUGCCCGCCAUCUACAUCGCCAAGUAUAAUCGUUUCGUUGAUAACAUCCUCGGACGCAUCAAUCGCAUCCUAGGCAAGUCCUACGAUCCCGUCCGAGUGAAACUGCAAGCGCCCGCGGAUAAAUCCAACAAGAAGACUGGCUCCAAGGUUACAGCGAAUAAAAACAAAAACAAAGCCACCAAGAACAAGAAGAAGAAGAACUCGAAUCGUUCGAGGGCUCCUCAGUUGACCAACAAAAUGGGCGAGUUUGAAGUUGCCAGGUCCACGGAAUCUGAAUCCAGGGAACCCGCAUUCGUCCUGAUUUCAAAGACCAGUGAUAUCAAGACGCAACAUCCUAUUAGGAACGUUACACUUGAGGUUCGCGCUUCUCCAGUGAGCAAAAAACGCAAACCCUCGAAGAAUUCGACAAAAAAUACAAACUCCAACAAGAAUACCUCAUCCAGUUCAACUUCCAAUAAGAAUACCGCUAGUACCAAAGCGCGAGCUACUUUGUAUGGUCUAAGUACCUUACGACGAGAUGGGGAUGUAGUGGUCAACGCCCUGAAGGACUACACAAGUGUAAAGACCAACUUCCUACUGGGACCUCUCACACUUCGCGUCGAGAAAGAAUUCGGUAAGGGUAACCGUCGUCAACUGAAGAGUGCAACUGCUACCACCGCUGAAAUGUUCGGCAAGUUAACCCUGCGUAUUGUCCAUGGCGGAGCUGCAACUCUACACUCCAUCAAGGUCCUCCAACCGAAACAGGUGCGAGUGGACAGCGCCGAUAACCACGAGAAGACCAAGGAGUACAUGUGGAAGCGCAGCUCGCACAUCGCGUCGGUGGUGUCGAGGAAACUCGCCUCCGCGGCGAGGUCUAUGCUUAAGCCACCACCUCACUAAUCCAUCUACCACGAGAUCCACACGAGACAAAAAUGACCAGAGUUUUCUUAGGUAUAAUUUUAUGACGGGCAGUAUGUCGACUGAGGUUUCAUAGUUGCAUAGAAAUCUAUUGUUUUGCGUUUCUACUUUAUUUGCGUGAUGGAUUUUGAUUAGAUCUUUAGAGACUGCUUUUUAUUUAUACGUGUAUUGUAGUUAUUUAUUGUAAUAUUUAUUGUAGCUUGAAGUAUUAAUGAAUAUUAUUUCUAAAGUGAAUAAAAACACAUCAAUUAAAACCAAAAA